AUGGAGUCAGACAUCUCACAAGCCUUCCGGGAAGAACUCACCUGCCUCAUCUGCCUGAGCUACCUUACAGAUCCAGUCACCAUCAGCUGCGGCCACAGCUUCUGUCGAGCCUGCCUGCACCUAUCCUGGGAGGACACCCAACUUCCAGUCCACUGCCCUAUGUGUCGGGAACCGUGCCAGCAGAAGGAAAUGAGAACCAACGUUGUUCUGAAGAAGCUGGUGUCCAUUGCCAGACAAGCCAGCCUCAUGAAGGACCUGAGCUCUGAGGAGCAUAAGUGUGUGACCCACAAGGAGACAAAGAGGAUCUUCUGUGUUGAGAGCAGGAUCUUCCUCUGUCAACCAUGCUCUAACUCCCAUGAGCAUAGAGGUCACACACAUUGUCCCAUUGAGGCAGCAGCUGACGCUGAAAUGGAAAGACUUCUGAAGCAGAUGGCAUCUCUAUGGGAGAAGAUCCAAGAAAACGAAGAGAAUAUCCAGGCAGAGAACAGAACAACAACUUUGUGGAUGGACUAUGUGACUCUGCGGGAACAAAUGAUCAGGACAGAGUAUAGGGAGCUGCAUCCAUUCCUCUGUGAAGAGGAAGCCAAACAUAUCGAGUGUGUGAGAAUGGAAGGCCAAUGUGGUUUAGGGAAACUGAGGAAGAGUGAGGCCAUGAUGGUCCAAAAGAGCAAAGAACUAAGACAAAUGUACCAGGAGCUGAUGGCAAUGUCCCAGGAGCCAUAUGUGGUACUGCUCCAGGGUGUGGAUGACAAGGUCAGGAGGAGUGAGUCAAUUCAGCUGAGCAUGCCUCAAGGUAUGAAACCUGAACUCAGUGCCCUACCCAUCAUUGGACUGACUGAAAAGUACAAGCACAUCCACUUUAACAUUUUCUUUGAUAAUGUAAGUACAUUCCAUUACAAGAUGAACCUAUUCAAUGUCUUGAGAAAAUUCAGCUUUGGACUUCACAGUAAGCAUACACCUGUGACUUCUGUUGGAUGCUAUUUGGCUUCCUGGGCAUCCUUGAACUUCAUCUCAGGGAACUAUUACUGGGAGGUGGAGUUACAGGACUCUGGGAACUGGGCUAUAGGGGUCUGUAAUGAUUCCUGGUUAAGGAAUGCCAAACAAAUGAUUGACUAUGAGGGUGCAUUUCUUCUUGUGUGUGUGAAGGAGGGUAAUCAUUACAGUCUCCUCACCACAUGCCCCGUAUUCCAGCACUAUAUGGAGAAGCCACUGGGCCGGUUUGGGGUUUUCCUGGAUUGUGAUGACGGAUGUUUAAGUUUCAUUAAUUUGGCCAAGAGUUCCCUAAUAUACAGGUACCCCCCUGGUACCUUCAAAAACCCUGUCCAGCCUUUCUUCUCCAGUGGCCAUGAGGGGAGUACCUUUAAUCCAGCACCUUAG